UUAAUGUUUUCCGCUCUGGAUCGGUCGGAGUGAUAGCUAGUUUCGUCGCGAUGGCCUCCUCUUCGAACGGUAGCGGGAACCUCGUGGACGAACUUGAGGAAGCUUUUCAGUCGUGCAUUCAUGCCCUUACGAAGGAGGAAUCGGCCACCGGAAUCGACAAGGAUGAAAUCAAGGUGGAGGUCGACCAGACGACGCUGAAAUUCAUAGACCUGGCGCGCCAGAUGGAAGCGUUCUUUUUGCAGAAACGGUUCCUUCUUUCGGCCCUGAAGCCCGAUCUGCUCCUGAAGGAAGAAAACUUCGACCUCAAGCAGGAAAUUGCGCGCAAAGACGAGCUGAUACGGAAGCACUACGAAAAGAUUGAAACGUGGAAGCAAUUGCUCUCGGAUCAGCAGAAUUUCAACAAACCGAUCCAAUCGAUGGCUCCCGAUAUGCGGGGAAAUUUGGCCGGAGGAGCACCGGGAGCUCCGGGUGGAGCCAUCAUGCCCGGUGGUGGCAUGAACUUACCGAUGCAGAAUAUGGCGCAAGUACAACAGAUGCAGCAUCAACAGCAGCUGCAGGCGCAACAGCAACAAAUGCAGCAGCAAAUGCAGCAGCUUCCGAUGAGUGCCGCCAGUGCGCAGCUUUUUCAGCAGGGCGGUGUUCCGCGCAACGUGGGACAACCGGGCGGUGGCGGCCCGGGCUUUCCCCCCGGGGCUGGACCGAACCUUCAAGGGCCGCUGGCAUAUCUGGAGAAAACGGCUAGCAAUAUAGAUCUAGUUGGUAUGGGCGAUGGUAGAAGGUGACGCGGGCGGGGCAGGGGUCGCGGUAGAGGUCGUGGCCGUGGAAGAGGUCGUGGUCGCGGGUCCGUUUCAGCCGAAUUUCACGGCGGUCCCUUAACCUGAGACCGGCAAGCGGGGUGGAAGCUCUCGUCGCCAUUCCUAGCGACGGAAUCCACCCGCUGCCCGCUACCUCAGCACUACCUCUUUCUCUACCGUCAUUGCAAGGCUGUUCAGUACAUGGGUUGCAGAUAGGCCACGUUCGCAGAGCAUGUGCAUCGUGCAUGUGACAACAGUUACAAAGGAAAAACCACACCACCACCAGCAGCAGCAUACAGUAAAAAAGGCAGCGAAACAAUCUGGAACCAGAAAGAUUCCUGGCACAAACUCUGGCCCACUCCCGUUAGACAGAGCCAACCAAAACGCACCACCUACCAAACUUCUCGCUCCGUUCCGUUUGGCACACAUUCAAACACUUCUCACACGCAAUUGCAACGAACGAACUCGAACUAUUUGUUAUCUCUACCGCUUCCCGCUCCUAGCCCCCCCAAGAUUCCUGCUCGAUCGGUCCUCAAGAAACCGAUCGGAGCAUCGCGAGCGUUAAUAGCGACGUUCCCCCUCUCGCCGAGGACCUCCGGGUUCGCGUCGUUGAUGGGAUGGACAUUGAUUUUCGUUUUCAUUUUAGAUACUAUUUGUCUCCGUAACACUAAAGAUGUAUAAAAGAAAAGAUUGUCCCAUAUUGUAAUUGAAAGGCGGAUGAUCUUUCGCACGAAGACGUUCGACGUGGUGGUUGUCUUCGUGCAUGUAAAAUGUGUGCUCGCUUCCUAUUUACUAACCCGCUCCUUGUUUUCCACCGGACGAAACGGACUGCGCAUCGUGAUCCGCGCGCCUGGAUCGCGGCGAAGCGUAUUUCUUCUCUUCGCGUCUUUGCCGCCGCGAUCGGCUUUGGCUAUCGAUUUCACAAAACGUUUGCCGUUUUGUCCUUCUAUACUACGUGGCGGUCCGUCCGGAAUUGGCUUACUCCCUUGAACGUUUCCUUAGUCCGCUAAGAUUUCUGCGACAGGGAGUUAGGAACCAACAGUGGACUGCUUUUAAGUAGAUGAAAACUAAGAGAACUUAGAGAAAAAAUGGAUAAUAAAUGAGGAAAUAUGAUGUGCUCA